AUGGAAACACCUGAACCAAAAACUCAACCUAUUACCACUACUUCUUCUUUAUCACUUCCUAAACUCUGUAAAAAGACUAAUUCUCAUAAAAUAGAAAACCUUAUUGAGUACUCUCAUGUUCCUGAAGAUGCUCAAAUUUCUGAAACAAUACCUCCUCUGUUGAGUUCGUACAACAUCUUCAAAAGACAAAGAAGUGUUACCAGAUCAAUCCAAAAUCUUAUCUCUACAAACCGCCCUCAUAUGAAAGAGUACGUCCAGUCAUCUAGACUAGACCAAUGCAGCCUAAGAGCUACAAACCAAGAGCAGUACGUAGAUCUGGAGAUUCCCCAAUAUCUCAUAAACCACUGGAAAACUGAAGGAUAUACAACCUUACGUUUUGGGGCUGUCAGACUCAUCAUUUCUCUUCAUGGAAGGAAGAACCAACCCGUCUUUUGCAAAAUAGAUCUACUGGACUCCAGCUACCUCCACUAUGAAAAUGUUGUGAUAGGAACUAUUCUAACUACACUUCAUGCAGGAAGUGUUGUCCUCACCAUCUUCCCAAACUAUAACGUGAGUCUUAAUGAUAACACCUUAUCCACAAGAAUGAAAGUACAUAUCCAAAUCACUGGAACUGACCAAGUGCCAGAAGCUAUGUCAGCUACCCUCCAUCACCAGAUAAUAUAUCGCUUACAAAAACGCUCGAUAGAUCUUCCUAUAUCAGGAUUCUCUUCUGAUUCACUAUUGGUUGUCACCAAUAGAGAAGAAGACAUACCCUCCAUAGUUCAGAUUCCAAGAAACAUCACAAGGGAAGAAUUAACUCAGCUAAUUCCCUUUGAAUGGAUAACCAACUAUGAGAAACUUCAUGUUAACAAAAGACCUAUACAAUCUCAAGAGGCUACUUUCAGGAGAUACGUUGACAAGACAGACAAGACGAUCUUUAAAAAGCCAGACGAAGGGUCGAGCUCAAUAUCUCCGAUCUUCCAAACAAUAAUGAUCCAACCAGUUCUCAAAUAA